AUGCUGGAAACGAUCCUCAACUCUGUCAAGAACAUUGAAGGGGACCUUAUGACGAGCUCCAAGAGCAAGGCGGCUGGUGGUGGUUACGUAGACCCCGUUUCCAACUUCCCCACCCUUACGCCCAAGCACAACUCCCUCGCGGCCAGCGUCCUGCUGAACCGGCCGGACCUGUACACCAAGUACUGCAACUCGGUCACCUCGAGCGGGUUCACGUUCGACAACGCUAUCCAGGCCGGAAUCGACGCGCCGCACCUCGGCGUCGGUGCUGUCGCUGGAGACGAAGAGUCGUACGAGACAUUCAAGGACUUCAUGGACGUCGUGAUUGAAGGAUGGCACGGGUACAAGCCCGACGACAAGCACAAGAUAGACAUCGACGCGAACAACAUCAAGCUCACCGCCGAGCAGGCCAAGAAGUUCGACCAGUACGUCAUCUCCACCCGCAUCCGCGCCGGCCGCUCCAUCCGCGGGCUUCCCUUGCCCCCGGGCACGAACCGCGCUCAGCGCCGCAAGGUGGAGAAGCUCCUACGCAAGGGGCUUACCCGGAUGACCGGCGCCAUGGCCGGCAAGUACUACCCGCUGGGGGGCAUGACCGACGCCGAGGAGCAGGAGCUCAUCGACGACCACUUCCUGUUCCAGAAACCCUCCCCGCGCAACGUGCUCGCCAACUGCGGCGCCGCGCGCGACUGGCCCGACGGCCGCGGAAUCUUCCACAACGCCAAGAAGGACUUCCUGGUGUGGGUGAACGAGGAGGACCACAUGAGGGUGAUCUCCAUGGAGCAGGGCGGUAACAUCAAGAACGUCUUCGCCCGCUGGUCGGCGGCGGUCGGGGAGGUGGAGAAGGCCCUCAAGGCGGAGGGCUUCGAGUACAUGUACAACGAGCACCUGGGCAACGUCUGCACGUGCCCGUCCAACCUCGGCACUGGCCUGCGCGCCUCCGUGAUGCUCAAGCUGCCCAAGCUCUACAAGUCCUGGGGCGUGCACAAGCUGGAGGAGUACUGCGACUCCCUCGGCGUGCAGGCCCGCGGGGCCAAGGGAGAGCACUCCCCCCCCGGCCCCAGCGGCGAGUUCGACAUCUCCAACAAGGCUCGCAUCGGCUACAGCGAGGUGGAGCUGGUCCAGCAGAUGAUCGACGGCGUUGACCGCCUGAUCAAGCUCGAGGAGAGCCUCUAA